CUCAAAUGUAAGUUGCGAUCUGACGUAGUACCAGAGUUAAGGAGGAGUUCUCCGGAUUACUGGUUUACAUCGUGCAGGAAAUAUGUCGUUGGAACGAGCUGUUAGGAACAAGAUCCUCAACAAGCGUAACCAGGAGCAGGAGAAGGAAGCUCUGGAAUGGAUAGAAUCUGUCCUGGGAGAGAAGUUUCCUGCGAAGGAACGUUACGAGGACAUCAUCAGGGAUGGACAAGUCCUGUGUCGACUGAUGAACAAACUUUCACCUAACAGUGUGCCGAAGAUACACAGCGCUGGCAGCCAGUUCAAGAUGAUGGAAAAUAUCAACAAUUUCCUGAAGGCCAUACAAGCAUACGGAGUGUCUGAUGUAGAUCUUUUCCAGACAGUAGAUUUGUUCGAGAAGAAAGACAUCGGCCAAGUAACAACUACUUUGUUUUCCUUGGGAAGAGCAACCUACACACAUCCUGAAUGGCCUGGGCCUUGGCUGGGGCCGAAGCCUUCAGAAGAACACAAACGCAGCUUCACUACGCAGCAACUCCGCAGCGGAGAGAGUGUCAUCGGACUUCAAGCUGGCUUUAACAGAGGCGCUACUCAGGCUGGCCAAAACUUUGGAGCUGGCAGGAAAAUACUGCUUGGGAAGUAGUGAAACCUGACAAUUUAAGUUGUCAAUAUAUUUUUGUGACUAUCUGUUUAACAAUUAUUUUUAACUGUUUUAUUCUUGAUAUUAUAUAAUUUAGCAAGACCUAGGUACAGAAUCAUUGCACCUACGUUUUCCAAGGUACUUUGAAGCAAAAAAAAAAAAUACUGUUUGUUGAAAUUGUUAUGAAUAGGUAUAAUUUGUAUGUCCAUAGGCACAAAAACUCUCAUUCAGAUUAAAAUUUUGGUAAAAUUUCAACCAAAUUUGUCGACAAAGUCUAGACUAAGUUUUCUUGGAGAUUGUAUCAGAUUUAAAGAUACCAGUAUUGUACUAUUUCAUUCAUGUAUUUUAUUGUAAAAAUCAAUAAAAAAUAUUUAUAUA